CUCGACACUUAUCUUCGAUGUCAAUAGACGAAAUUUCGAAACGCAAAACUUAACCUCCAUUUUAAUAUCUUCGUAAUCUCCUCAUCCUGAAAGAAGAUUAAUAAAAGAGACCGGAAUUAUUUCGCGGCAACUUGCCUGCUUUCUUCGAAAAGUGAAGUUAGCACAAUAUGGAUGCCGGAGGUCAAUAAAUCAGUACUCUUCAACAAUAUUCUUGCAAAAUGGGAAAUCAACUAGUGGGCAUUGCCCCCAGCCAAAUAUUUCCAGUAGAACAUUAUUUAACAGAUCACAAUGAUUUACUAUUCGACGUUAACCUAGGAAGCACUAGAUUUUUCAAAGUAGCACGAGCACGAAGCGAAGAGGGAUUGAUAGUAGUUAAAGUUUUUGCAAUACACGAUCCAACAUUACCACUGUCAGCUUAUAAGGAGAAACUAGAAGAAAUUAGAUCAAAGCUUGCUUCUGCAGUAAAUUGUUUACCCUUUCAAAGAACGAUUUUGACAGAAAAGGCUGGCUCGAUAAUGAGGGAAUACGUAAAAUAUUCUUUGUACGAUAGAAUCAGUACUAGGCCGUUUUUAACAAGCAUUGAAAAAAAGUGGAUUACUUUCCAAGUUCUCUAUGCGCUUCAUCAAGCUCAUAAGUUUGGUGUUUGUCACGGAGACAUAAAACUAGAAAAUAUAAUGAUAACCAGCUGGAACUGGGUACUGCUGACAGAUUUCGCGAGUUUUAAACCAACCUAUCUACCAGAAGAUAAUCCUGCUGAUUUCUCUUAUUUUUUUGACACAUCAAGAAGAAGAACAUGUUAUAUAGCACCUGAAAGAUUUGUAAAAACACUUUCCUCUGAAUUGAGCAAUACCAUUUUACUACCUGAACAAGAAGUAAAAACUGGUGAUUUAAAUCCAAUGAUGGAUAUCUUUUCUGCAGGUUGUGCUUUAACAGAAUUAUAUAACGAAGGACAUCCGCCGUUUGACUUCUCUCAACUUUUAGCAUAUAGGAAUAACGAAUAUUCGGUCGCUAAACAUCUGGAUUCCAUAGAAGAUGUUGGUAUACGAGAGCUACUUGGUUCUAUGCUGGAAAGGAACCCUGCGAAUCGAAAAUGCGCAGAGAUUUAUUUGGCGCAAGCCCGUGGAACGGUCUUUCCUGAAUAUUUUUAUUCUUUUCUACAGUCUUACAUGCUCAUUUUCUCAGCAGCACCCAUUCUUUCGCCGGAUGAGAAAAUAAAUAGAUUGAAAAAAGAUAUUGGAAAUAUUAUAAGCAUAUUUAAAGCGGAAGAAACUGAGAGAAUAAAGAUGAAUCAAAAGAAUGGCCAAUGUGAAAGUAAUGUGGAAUCUACGAAAGAAGAUUCUGGUCAAAGCGAAGAAAAUACAGUAAUUGAAACUGACAGUGAUCAAAGCUUUGAUAAGAGCGAAUUAAAUCAAGUAGAUCAGAAAACCUCGUCAAUACCUGACACUGGCUGUGAUAUUGCGACUGAACAGAAUUUGCAGUCUAAACAAUCUCAAGCAGCGGGAAAAAAUAGUACGGAGAUAGAUAAGAAAACUAUUACUCCUGCUGAGAUUUUAGAAGGUCUCGUUAUUGUGACACAACUUGUAACCUCCUGUAUAAGAGGUCUGCAUCAUUCUCAAUCUAAGCUACAGAGUUUAGAAAUUUUGCUUGAACUAGCGGAAAAUACAUCGGACGAAACAAUUCUUGACAGAAUUUUGCCGUACAUCUUUCAUUUAGUUCAUGAUCCAGCACCACGCGUAAGAGUAUCCGCUAUUCAUACGUUAACGAAAUGUUUGCAUCUUGUGAAAUCGAUCCCACCCUCCGAUGUGAAUAUAUUUCCCGAAUAUAUUCUGCCAGGCUUAUCGCAUAUUACUCAAGAUGAGGCAGUCAUUGUUAGAGCAGCUUAUGCAGAAAACAUCGCUCAUCUCGCUCAUAUUGCGUUACGAUACCUUGAGAAUUCUCACUUAUCUAAUCUUGGGAACAAAGAAGGACCAAAGCCUAGUUACGAUAGUGAGCUGCAAACGUUGCACGAAAUGGUGCAACAAUCUGUGUCCAUGCUUUUAACAGAUCCGCAAAACUUGGUAAAGCAAACUUUGAUGGAAAAUGGAAUAAACAAAUUAUGUGUAUUUUUUGGAAAACAAAAAGCAAAUGACAUUUUAUUGAGUCACGUUAUCACUUUUUUAAAUGACAAAGAGGAUAAAGAGCUUAGAGGAUCGUUUUUCGAAUGUAUAGUCGGCGUAGCAGCUUAUGUUGGCUGGCAUAGUAGUCCAAUACUUAUGCCUCUUCUUCAACAAGGUUUAGCAGAUCCCGAAGAAUUUGUUACGACAAAAGCUAUUAACGCGAUGACAACUCUUACGGAGUUGGGUUUAUUACAUAAAUCUGCUUUGUAUCAACUUCUAUCCGAAACUAUGGUUUUUUUGGUACAUCCGAACUUGUGGAUCAGGCAUGCAACUGUAGGAUUUAUAUCGGCGUCAGCGAGAACACUCAAUGUAGUCGAUGUACAAUGUAAAGUUCAAACGAUGAUACAACCAUAUUUAAAGCAUCCACUUAUUCAGAUCGAGAAGGAAGUUCUAUUGUUAGAAGCUCUCGUGGCUCCUAUUCUACGUAUAAUUUAUGAUGAGGUAAUAAAAUGUAAUGACAUAGAGAAAUUAUUUCAAGUCCUUGAACAAAGACAAUCUGCAAGAGUCGAGGCAACUACAGGAAUCGUUCCACGAUAUAAUGAUAUGUCAAUUUCGUUAAGCAAACUUUUUAGACGUUUGAAUUCCGAAUCUAUGACGGAAACGGUUGAGGACCAAUUGCUCAUAAUGAAACCACAUUUAAUGAAAAUAAAUAAAUACCGUAAUUCGGUCGAUACCAAACAGAGCACGGUCAAACCUCUGGAUGGAAAAUUAGAGUUGAAUACUAUGAAGGAUAAAAUAAGACAUCACAUCGUCAUACUGUAUCCAGAUACAAAAGGUGAUUUAGGUCUUCCAUCUUAUAAACGAUUGGAUAGAAGAACGUCCGACACUACCGGUACUUAUGCCUCGAUGAAUCAAGAAUGGCGCACGAUGUUUGCAGCACAAGACAAUACUCAGCAUACGGUCUUAAAGUUGGCGGAUAUGACUGGAAAUAGUGGAAGUCCUAAUCAAAGUAUGCAUGGAGGUGAUAUACACUUGUCGCCACAACAUAGUCUGUCUGACAUGAAUAGUAUAAACGAACAUUCUCUACACGAACGAUCUUACAUACAAUAUGCAACACUUUAUGGUUUUGCAGAUCGAUGUGCACCUUGCAGAUUAGAAGUAAGACAAUUGACUUAUAGAAAACAAGAGCAGCAUGCGGCUGCUUUAAGGGCACAACAUUGGGCUGAUAAUAUUGCAUGGCAAACUGGCUCUAGAUUACUACCAAGUGGAUGGAGACCACGAGGUGUUCCCGUUGCUCAUCUCCACGAACAUAGAGCUGCAGUUAAUAGAUUAGUGUCUAUUCCAGACAGUAGUCUCUUUGCUAGUUCUUCGGCGGAUGGAUGCAUUAAGAUAUGGGAUGCUAGCAGAAUGGAGGGUCGAAGCAUUGUUAAUCGUUCUAGGCAAACGUACAUGCACAGAGGUGGUCCUCUUGUUGGUUUAGCUGUCUGUGAACAGGGACAAUCGAUAGCAAGUUCUGCUAGCCAAUCUGGAACAGUAUUUAUAUUGAGGAUAGAACCAAAUUCCAGUAAAAUGAGUGUUCUUUACUCUCGACAGUUGGACGUUCAAGACGAAGGAUGUGCAGUCGACAUACAAUAUUUAGAUUCUGGAUCGCAAUCAGUUCUUGUGUACGCUUCGCUGUAUGGAUCCUUAGUAGGAUGGGACUUGCGAUGUCCUGGAACGACGUGGCGAUUGGAAAAUGAUUUGAAGUAUGGAAUAAUAACUUCAUUUUGUGUCAAUAGUUAUCAGCAAUGGUUAACUCUUGGUACAAGCUCAGGUGUCCAUACUUGUUGGGAUUUAAGAUUCCAAUUACCUAUUACCAAUAUCAAACAUCCAACAGGAGCAAGAGUUAGGAAAGUUAUAACGCAUCCUACUGAACAUUCAUGGAUAAUAUCAGCCGUACAAGGGAACAAUGAAAUUUCCAUGUGGAAUUUGGAAACGGAUUUCAGACAAAUGGUACUUUGGGCGUCGAGCGCGCCACCGCUCAGUCAUAGUCAAGGUGGUCACAGCGUUUGCUCGAUGUAUUCGGGAUGCAUCGAUCGUUCGGGCUUCUUGUUAGCCGGUGGAACCGAUAUGCGAUUACGUUUUUGGGACUUGAACACACCCAAUGACUCUCACGUUGCAUUACCCGCAGCCAAUGACGUUGUUCCUCCAAAUUCAUACGCAUAUGAACAACGCUUGAUAGAUGGUACAAACGUAGUUCAAGAAGUACUAGCGGGUGGUUGUUCUAUGCCCUCGUCAGGAGGAGGCAGUAAUGUCAGAGGAAGAAAUCCAGAGGAAGGUGGACAAGGACCAGAAACUCCGCCAUCUGGUCAUCACGACACUAUAUCUGCCGUAGCUAUGUCCAAUACGUGUAUACUCACGGGCAGUACCGACGGAUUAAUACAAGUUUGGAAAUGAUUGUUUUCUUUUAUCGUCACUCGCUAUACAUCCGUUUAAGCUUUUGUAAAAUAUCGUUCCCUCUAUGCAAGAUUCUUAUUGCAAAACAAAUUUGUAAAUUUACAAAUAAUGGGACAUCGACAUUUUAUAUACGAGACUCCUAUGGUAAUAUUUCUGUGAUUCUAAAUUGUAUAUAUUCGUAUAUAUAUACACUUUGUAUUAGCUGUUAAUAGCCACGGUAACAUUAAUCACGCAAGAAUCGUUAAAGCGUAGAAAUUCGAGACGCAUUUCGUAAUGAAAGAAACAUGAAAACUUACCGUAUUUUAAGAUAAUAUUUCAUAUUUACUGUAAAUAAUUUAUUUUUGUACGUUACAUAGUACAUACUCGAUAAUAGAAGAAGAAUAUUCCAAGAUGACUAAAUUAUACGAUUUAUAACCAUGUACGGUUCGAGAACUGGAUUCUCAUUGGAAUAAGGAAAUCGAUGAAAGAUGUACAAAGCUUUUCUCAUUCGUAUGCUUGCCUAUUUUCUGCAUAAUUCAUAAACACGACAGAUAGGCGAUUCGUGACUCUAGUGUAAAUGCUUAUAUAGAAAAACUAUAUAUCGACUGAAAUACUUUUAAAUAGAAUUUAGAACAUUAUUAUAAUAAAUUCAUAUUUUUAAAACUAA